AGGGCCAGUGUUAGCAACACUCCCGAUUUGAGCCCCGUGAGCUCACCUACACGUUAAGGCGAAGCUGAAAUAGCCUCUCAAGGCUGUCAGCAUAGGUGGGAAGAAAAAAACCGUUUUUUUUUUAUUGAAUUGAGCAUGAGACUACCGUAUGUUAACUAAUUAUCAGAACCAAGGGAAACUACAAUGUGAAUGUCGCCACACAUCUCGAGAUCUCAAAUUCUAAGUUCCAGUCUUCCCAACGGCACAUAAAAUAGACUAGAAUUGUUAGUGUUGUAAAAAUUUAAGUAACUACUAGUGCAGAGUACCUAAAUGAUAAUGAAUGAUUAACUGUGCUAAGAUUGUUGUUGUUGAUAAAGCAAUACAAUAAUAAAAUAGUGUUUGUUUUCAAUCUUUAUCUGCGAUAACUAUGUUUGCGGUUACAAUUAUUAAAAUAAUUAAUGGGAAGUAAUUUUGAAUGGCACUUUAAUAAAUUGUCACGAUAACAAAGUCAACGAACGAUAAAGUAAUAAAUGGACAUCACACAAUUAAUAUACCAAAAGUAACAUAUCACGUAAAUACUUCCAAAGGGAACUUACUAGUCACGCCUAUCUGUUAUCACAAAAUCGAAAGAUAACACAAAUCAGAUACGAGUUUUUGGAUCGAUAAAUCAAUUCACUAGUGGUUUUUAACAUUUUCACUUGUCUCGCGUGAGAAAAUAUUUCAGUAACGAAUAUGAUGCCGCCCCCACCGCCUCCUCCGCUGCCGGCAGAUCCAGUUCAUAUCGAAGCCAAUAUCCAACAAACGGCUCAAAGACAAGAAAUCAAUGUAGCCAUGAUCGUACUAAAUGUCGUGAAUACUGUGACACACGUCCUGAUAGGCGCGGUGGCGCUCAGCGCAUUCAUAUUCGCCAAUGUCUUCCACGGCACGAACAAUCUAAAGCAGCACAUUUAUUUGUGCGUUACAGGGUACGUGAUCUUAAUGUCUCAAGCGAUAUUGACCUUCAGUCCGAACAAUGGUUGGACUAAUUCUUUAAAGUAUCCGAAUAAGAAAAUGGUGCACUGGGUGAUGCAAGUUUCUGGGUCUAUACUUGCAAUUGCUGGCAGCAUCAUAAGGUUUACCAACUUGAAUGAACAUAUGCAGACUGCUCACGGUAUUCUAGGUCUCAUCGCCUUAAUCUUGACUGUGAUAAGUCUCAUUGGAGGAGUUGUGAACUUGAUAUUCCCUAAACAAACGUCCGCAUUAAUAUUGAGAAGUCUUCACGCUUGUUUUGGCUUGUUGACCGUGUCAGUAGCUUUUAUUUGUUUAUGUCUCGGUUUUGAUACGAUCUACAGGAUAGUUAUGGGUGACGUGAAUGCAAAUCUGUCUAUCGCAUUUACAGUAAUGGCGUUAAUCGGUGUUCUAUCCUCUGCGGUAUCAAAUUUAACUAGGAGGUAUAUGAAACGUUAGCAUAAUGAAGAUUCUUACAGUAUUGACUCGUGGUAUAAUAUUCAAAAACCACAUAUUACCUGCAGUUAGAAUGUAUAUGAAUAAACAAAUAUUACACAUAUACAUUCAUUGAAAUCGCUGUUUGUAUAACUCUUCAAAGGUACCUGCAAUAGAUAACGCACUCAAGCAAUUUUGUUAUAAUUUCGAACAUUGUAUUUGACCUAUUGAUUUUACUCAAAUAACACCAAGACUACACGUAUAUUAGUAAGAAUUAGGAACGUUAAAUAAAUGUUUGAAUUACAAGACGUGAAACGGCAAUUAUCUGUAUCAUUUUACAUAGAUACAAAUGUCAUUGACGUCACUAUUAACUAUUGUAUUUGCAUUUGUACUUUUUUCAGUUUUAUGUAAAAUUGAAAAUAAGAUACAUGUAAAGAAAUGUUUUAAAAGUCUAUUUAUUGUUAUUCGUUUAAUAAAUAAAACUUUAAAAUAAA